AUGUCAUCAACAGUGGAGAUGAAACCUGAACAAGAAAAAACUGCAUUGAAUAUAAUAAAAAAAUGGUUUUUAAAUUCGCCAACACAUGGAAUUCGACGAAUUAGUAUUGCUACUUCAAUAUUUGAACGUGUCUUUUGGUCAUUAACUUUCGUAGUAUUUACAACACUAAUGUGCAUUUUCAUCUAUACGGUUAUUGUUAAAUAUAUUGCUCACCCAACAAAAAUUAACCUAAGUGUAAGACAACAUCGUGAUACGAAGAAUUUUCCAGCAAUCACAUUUUGCAAUCUUAAUCCUCUUCGAAGUGAGAAAUUCAUCGAUGAUGAUCUAUAUGAUCAACGAACUCCUCCCAAUUCAAAUCAAUUUUAUACGGAUGACGAUUACAAGAAUCGAUUUAUUCAAUAUAUGGGUAGACUUGUUGCUAAAAACCUCGAAAAUAAACAACCAACAAUUAUUCCAUCUGGAUAUAAAUUAGACGAUCUUCUUGUUCAAUGUACAUUUAAUGGGCGAACAUGCCAUCGCAAUUUAACAUCAUUUUUUCAUCCAAAUUAUGGAAAUUGUUAUACAUUUAAUAACGAUUAUCAUGUUGAAGCCAUUCAACGUAAUGAUACAUAUCAUUUUUGGUCAAUUGAUGAUGAAAAUACCGUUGAAAGUUAUAAAUUAUUUCUUGAAUUAUAUCUUCACCAAAAUGAAUAUAUUCAAUAUCUUGAUGAUCGAGCAGCAUUCCGCAUAUUUAUCCAUCGUAAAGACGAUAUACCCAUACUAUCUCAAAACAGCUUUUUUUUAGCACCAACAACAUUUACAAAACUUAUUUUUUCUCAACGUAUUAUAUCAUUUUCUCAACAAUGUCGAAAUGAUUUAACACCUGGCAUGAAACAAAUAUUUAAUUCACAUGAUAUUCGAUAUUCACAAGCAUUAUGUUUUAAAUUAUGUGAACUUCGUUAUAUCAGAAAAAUAUGCCAGUGUACAGAUCAAUCACUUAUGGUAUACUUUCAAUUUUUUUCUCAAAAUAAUACGAAAACACGAAUUUCACGCAUUCCAUGUUCAACAAAUGAAGAAUGUCUGGAAAAUCGCGCAACUUUCAAUUCACGGCAACACUGUCCUGACUGUUUACCUGAAUGUGAAAUAAUUCAAUAUAAAGUUCAAUCAUCAUUUGCUGCAUAUCCAAAUACACGUUCAAUCGAAAAAGUUUUGCAACGAGUAGAUAAGCAUUUCAAAGCAAUGGGACAAUCAUUAGUUCAGUCAAAUACAUCAGCUUGUUCAAAUAAUCGUAAAGUUUCUUUACUUGAUAAUAUUGUUGCUGUCGAAGUAUCAGCCAGUCCUGUUGCCACAGAAAUUCUAGCUGAAUCACCAAUGUAUACAUGGGUUGAUGUUAUAUCAAGCAUUGGUGGACAAACAGGACUUUGGAUUGGUGUUAGCUUAAUAAGCUUUGUUGAAAUUGCAGAAUUAUUAUUUCUUCUUUUUUGCCAUUGUAUGGAAAAAAUCUAUCAAAGUAUUUCAAUUCGAUGGAAACAUUUUUGUCAACGAUAUAUUUCGAAAAAAAUAUCGAGCAGAUUUUGA